AUGGUAGCAAAUAUCAUCGAUCUCAUUCGUUCAAUGCCGGAGGAGGAACAAGUUCUCAUGUUCGUCCAAUUCGACAAUCUAAUGCACAACAUCGUCUCUGCUGUAAACGCUGAGGGUAUCCCAAACUACGGUUUUACGGCAAGUUCUGGUCGCGCGGUAAGAAACAUGGUAGAUGACUUCCAGAAUAGGGGCCCAACUAAGAAGAUCCUUGUCUUGAACUGGGCGAACUCGUUAGCUGCUGGAGUGACGACGGUCCACAUUUACGACUUCCUCGCGUUGCAGGUUACCGAUGUUGACCUCUAUCAAGCGCAGGAUAGAAAAACCUUCGUGAGGCAGUCUGUCAACGGGGACAGCCAAUGGGAGAUGGUAGAUCCACGAGCGUGA